AUGUUCCGUUCCAUACCCCGAAGACUUCCUUGCCAUCUCCCUCGUCCAACUGCGCCAACCCGUCUCGCCCUGCGCUCGUUCACAUGCGCUUAUCCUCGGAUGUCAUCAUCGCCCGUUCAACCAUUGUCCACCACACUCCCCUCCGACGCAUACCAGCUGCUGUCGACCGCGGAGAAAGCCGGUGCUGCAGAGGAUGCGCUAUAUGAACAACAAGUCCGCGACGUGCAAGCAUGGUGGAACUCACCCCGGUACGAGGGCAUCAAGCGACCCUACUCAGCCGAGGAUGUCGUGAGCAAACGUGGAUCGCUCCAGCAGAGCUAUCCCAGUUCGCUAAUGGCGCGGAAACUAUUCAACCUGCUGAAUGAGCGGGCAGCGGCUGGCGAGCCAGUCCAUACCAUGGGUGCCAUUGAUCCUGUCCAGAUGACCCAGCAGGCUCCUAACCAGGAGAUUUUGUAUAUCUCUGGCUGGGCAUGCUCGUCUCUUCUUACCAGCACAAACGAGGUUUCCCCCGAUUUCGGCGAUUAUCCCUAUAAUACGGUGCCGAACCAGGUCCAGCGCCUGUUCAAGGCGCAGUCGAUGCAUGACCGGAAACAGUGGGAUGCUCGACGGAAAUUAACAGCUGAAGAGCGCAGAAACACCCCUUAUGUGGAUUACAUGCGACCGAUUGUGGCGGAUGGCGAUACCGGACACGGCGGUUUAUCGGCGGUUUUGAAGCUGGCCAAGCUGUUUGCUGAGAAUGGUGCUGCGGCUGUACACUUUGAGGAUCAACUUCACGGCGGGAAGAAGUGCGGCCAUUUAGCAGGUAAAGUUCUGGUGCCCAUUGGUGAGCACAUCAACAGACUUACAGCUGCGCGAUUCCAAUGGGAUAUGAUGGGAUGUGAGAACUUGGUGAUUGCGCGCACGGACUCGGAGAGCGGUAAACUCAUCAGCAGCGCCAUUGAUGUGCGCGACCACGAAUUUAUCCUCGGUAUCACAGAGGAGGUGGAGCCGUUAGCCGAGACCCUGCAGGCGAUGGAGCGCGAAGGCGCUUCGCCAGCUGAGAUUGAUGCUUUCGAACUGGACUGGGUCAAGAAGCACAAGCUUGUCUCUUUUGAUGAGGCCGUUGAUGCCCACCUCGAAGCUGAGGGUGCCAGCCAGUCCGUUCGGGACGCCUACAAGGCCCACGUUCAGGAAAAUCCUAAUCUUUCCUUCUCUCGUCGUCGGGUUUUGGCUAGCGACUACACCAAAACUCCAGUGGUCUGGUCAUGCGACAGCCCACGUACCCGAGAAGGAUUUUACCAUUACCGCGCAGGCUUCCCAGCCGCUACCAAGCGUGCCAAGGAAUUUGCUCCGUAUGCCGACCUCCUCUGGGUUGAGACCGGCGACCCGGAUGUUCAGAAGGCAGGCAAGUUGGCCGGCGAUAUUCGCGAAGUCUAUCCUGGCAAAAAGCUGGUUUACAACCUGAGCCCAUCGUUCAACUGGAUGAGCCAAGGCUUCACCGAGGCAUCCCUGAAGUCAUUCAUCUGGGAUAUUGCCAAGCAAGGAUUCGUCCUGCAACUGAUCUCCCUGGCUGGUCUUCACAGCAACGCUACUAUCACAACAGAAUUAUCUCGUGCCUUCAAGGACGAGGGCAUGCUUGCAUACGUGCGACUCAUUCAGGCCCGUGAGAAGGAGCUUGGUGUUGAUGUCCUUACUCACCAAAAGUGGAGUGGUGCCCCUUACAUGGAUGGUAUUCUGGGCGCGAUUCAAAGUGGAAGCAGCAGCAGCAAGAGUAUGGGAGAGGGUAACACCGAGAAGGAUUUUUAA